AUGUACACAAGUAAUGAAUCAUCCAGUCCUUAUGUGAUGUCACCAUCACUGCAAAAUCAUACAGAAGACGGUAUCACGCACGAGAACAGUAUAGCAAAUGGAGGUUCGUCACCAAAAAUAUAUACCAAUCUGAAGAGCCAAUCAUUAAACGCUGACUCCAAAGCCGUCUUUAUUAUCUGCCAAGCACCUGACGCUGAAUUGGCGCAAGAUGGCCCAGCGAUGGGUAUUGAGUUCUCACAAUCACGACCGAAUGGACUAUCAACAAUAUCCGGCGUUUUCGCGCCAGUGGCCUUGUCCAUGUUCAGUGUUUUACUAUUCAUGAGAAUGGGAUUUGUCGUAGGACAGUUAGGAUUCCUCAUGACAGUAGUACAAUUAGCAAUGGCCUAUGCAAUUGUCAUGCUAACGGUACUCUCCCUUUGCGCAAUCUCAUCAAAUGGAGCUGUUGAAGGAGGAGGAGUUUACUAUAUGAUCAGUAGAUCUUUGGGGCCAGAAUUUGGUGGAGCUAUAGGAGUUUUGUUUUUCGUGGCAAAUGUUUUUUCAUGCGCUUUGUAUAUCUCUGGAUUUACGGAAGCCUUACUAAAUAAUCUCGGCAAUGGACAAUUUCCUGACUCUCCUAUGUGGAGGUUCCUUUACUGUGUACUUGUAUCUGUUGCUUUACUAAUCUUGAGUCUUCUUGGAGCUGGUAUCUUUGCUAAAACCGCCUUAGUUACCUUUAUCUUGAUUUCGAUUUGCUAUUCUACCUGGAUAAUUUCUGUAAUUGUGGAUGGACCAAUGCAAGUACCUAUCCCCAAAGUGAAUACUCCUGCUUAUCGUGUGCAUGAAAACGCAUCCGAUCCGAAUAGCCCUAUGAUUGUGAUGUUGAACCAGACGCUGACUGCAAACUAUACCGGAUUUAGUUUCUCUACCCUUCGUGAAAACUUGUUUACUAACUAUACAAUGGAUUAUACCACCGAAAGGCAAACGGAUUUUGCGCUCAUGUUUGCUAUUAUCUUUUCUGGAGUAACCGGUCUAAUGGCUGGAGCAAACAUGUCCGUACUGACAACGCUUCUCGUGUACAUAAUGACAGCUUUUUUGAUGGCAGCUACGUCAAGCCGACACCUCCUGCAGAACGACUAUACAGUAAUGAUGGAUACAAACUUUCAACGAUGGUUCAUCCUAAUUGGAGUCUUCUCUACUACAUUAUUUUCGUCCAUGAGUAAUCUGAUUGGUUCUUCGCGUGUUCUUAAUCGCCUUUCUCAUGAUAAGCUGUUUGGUUGUUUGUUGAGGCCCGCUAAGAUUGAAAUUGGGGAUAGAAAUCCUAUAGUAUCUGUCAUAAUAACAUGGCUUUGUGUGGUGAGUGUAUUCCUGAUUGGUGCGAUGAACAAAAUUGCCAAGCUGACUUCCAUCUUCUUCCUUCUAUCUUAUAUGGGAGUGAACAUUGCCUGCCUAGCACUCGAACUCACCAGCGCACCCAACUUCAGACCAACUUUCAAAUUCUUCACUUGGUGGACAUGUGCGCUUGGUGUAGUAUGUACUACCACGAUGAUGUUAGUGGUGGACGCAUCCAUGAGCGCCAUCGGCGUUGUUGUACUUAUGAGUCUUAUCAUGGUCCUUCAUUAUCAGGCACCCACAGUCUCAUCCGGAUCCAUCAGUCAAGCUCUAAUCUACCAUCAAGUAAGAAAAUAUUUGCUUUUGCUCGACGUGAGAAAGGAACAUGUCAAAUACUGGCGUCCACAAAUUCUUUUACUUGUCUCGAGACCGUCGUCAUCUUGUCCGUUAAUGGAUUUUGUCAAUGACUUGAAGAAAUCUGGUUUAUAUGUCAUCGGACAUGUCCGCAAAGGUGACUUUGACUGUAAUGAAGCUGUGGAUCCUCUCCAACAGGUGUUUCCAUAUUGGUUAUCAUUGGUGGACUAUCUGAAGCUGAAGGCUUUUGUUGAACUUACUCUUUCGACCAGCAUCAGGCAAGGAAUCCAACAGCUGAUGCGUCUAUCUGGUCUUGGUGCAAUGAAACCGAAUACUGUUGUGAUAGGGUUUCACGAAGCUACGCCGCUCGACGCAACUUUGCAGGAGUCGCAGCUGCUCAAGGAUUUGCGCUAUUCUAAAAUCGACCGAGCAGCUGUUGUGGAAUAUUUCACAGCUGGAGAUUACAUGCCUAAGGAACUUAAUGGCGAAUUGGAACGACUUACUCCGAUAGAUUACGUCAAUGUACUGAAGGAUGUGCUACAUAUGACGAAAAGCUUGUGCGUUGCGCGACAUUUCCACAGAUUAGACAAGGAAGCACUUCAGCGUGGCUGGAACCUGAAGAGAUACAUAGAUGUUUGGCCAGUUGAUUUACAAAGACCUGUAGAGACUGGACUAGGAUGGGACAAUAGCUCUCUGUUCCUACUGCAGUUAGCCUGCAUUUUGUCUAUGUCCUCGCGAUGGAGGUCGCAUUCUCGUCUUCGAGUUUUCAUUUGUGUGAAUAGUCUCCAGGAUAUGCAACGACGAGAUCGACAGCUAAAGCAAAUGCUUGACUGGUUGCGUAUCAAGGCUGAAUCUGUGGUCGUACCAUGGGAUCAUGUGGUAUGCCAUUUCCCACCAAGUGGAGCACAUCAGAAUACGCAGAGACCUACUGUGGACUUGCCUGCGGCAUAUUUAACAGCAUUCAAUGAUAUGAUUAAACGAUAUAGUGAGGAAGCUGCGAUCACCUUACUCAACCUUCCUUUACCUCCAGAUGACGUGAAUGCGAACGCAGAUAGAUACCUGGAUCAAAUCCGACGUCUAACCGACGCACUUCCUCCCACACUCAUGGUCCAUGGAGUGUCGUCAGUCAUUUCUACAUCACUCUGAGUCUCCCACGUUUGUUCUUUGAUCAUACUGUUUUCUCUGGUUUUUGUACGUUUCUACUUACAUAUGGUUACUCCCUCUUUUAUCCUUCUAGUGCUUCUACACUCGAGCUCGUAGGCUAAUUUCCUCAAAGGUGCUACUGCAAUGCCCCGGAAAAAUUACCCAAGAAAAUCUUUUGCUAGAAUUUUAACUAUACUUCUUAUUGGUGAAACUCGAUUAUUUGCAGUUACAAAGAUUUAACCUAAUUUAUAGGCAUUUGUUGCCUGCCGCAAUGAUACGCAUGCUUGUACACUCACUCUGGCCUUCUUUCAUUUGGUGCACUUUCUUUAGAUUUUUCUUUUCUAUGCAUGUUCCUAUUCGUUUUUAGCGUUUAUACUUUUCGCCCAGAUGUGAAGCAUCAAUUUGGCUGGAAAAUUUUUCACAUAUUGUCUCCGCGGGAUGCCCAGUUCAUUGUAUCAAUGUGUUUGAUACCAUUUCUGUGAUCGAUUAUGGUUGUAGUAAUAACAUGCAGGAUAUCGCAAGAACUGAAUGUUU